AUGAACUACGUCCAGCUCGAAAAGCUUGGAGAGGGCACCUACGCCACUGUCUAUAAGGGACGAUCUAGGCUCAACAACGAGAUUGUCGCACUCAAAGAGAUCCACCUUGAUGCCGAAGAGGGGACACCAUCUACUGCAAUUCGUGAGAUCUCGCUCAUGAAGGAGUUGCGCCACACCAACAUCGUACGCCUUUAUGAUGUGAUCCACACAGAGUCCAAGCUGAUGCUUGUGUUCGAGUUCAUGGAGCAGGAUCUGAAGAAGUAUAUGGAGAUCCACGGCCACCGUUGCGCGCUGGAUCCCGUCACCGUGCGAUCUUUCAUGUUCCAGCUGCUCAAAGGCACUGCCUUUUGCCACGAAAACCGCGUGCUUCACCGCGAUCUGAAGCCCCAAAACCUGCUCAUCAACAAGCGUGGCGAGCUCAAGCUGGCCGACUUUGGUCUCGCUCGAGCCUUUGGCAUUCCUGUCAACACGUUUUCCAACGAGGUGGUCACGCUGUGGUACCGUGCCCCAGACGUUCUUCUCGGCUCGCGCACCUACUCAACCUCAAUCGACAUUUGGAGUGCAGGCUGCAUUAUGGCCGAGAUGAUUUCUGGAUUGCCUCUCUUCCGUGGACGCGACAACAAUGACCAGCUCAACCAGAUCCUACGCAUCCUCGGCACUCCGGACGACAACACGAUGAAGAGACUCGUCAACGACUCGCCAGAGAUACAAAUGCGUCCCUUCCCUCGCGUGCCUCGAGUACCUUUCCAGAACAUGUUCCCCAAGGCACACCCCCUGGCCAUCGAUCUGCUCGACAAGCUGCUCAAAUUCGACCCUACCCAGCGCAUCUCUGCGGACGAAGCACUGCGACACCCCUACUUUACCACAUCGGCCGCGAUUGCCGGGCUGGCUCAUCCGCAAAGCAACAGCCAGCUCAAUCUCGGCAACGGUGGUGCGCCUCAGCAGGGCACCUAUCAACAAGGCGCUCCCGGGCAACCUGUAAACUGA